AUGACUUCCCGAAUAAUUGAUGAAAGCGAUGAAAGAGGAAGAAAGUUUCGUACGAAUGUUGCAGCAUUUGCAGGAGAUGGUGGUAUUUCAUUGAUAUUGAGUCCUUCUUCAAGUCCAUCACUUACUACAAAUGAAGAAGGAGUUAUCAUGCCACAAGAAGAGCCUUCUUCCUCACAGCAAUUGAUAUCAUCACUCCGAUCUCAAAGAUUAAGCGACACCUAUCCUCUCAGAUCUCAACUUGCAGUCCAGACAAAACCUGCAAUCACAAGAUUUUAUCAGUCUAUUAUUUCUAAUUUAUUUAUUGAUCCAAUUGUUACUUUCCUAUUUCCGAGAGUUUUAGAUAAUCGAUUUCAAAAAUUGCCAAUUAUUAAUUUAUUCUUUAAGCCAACAACACAGGUCCAAUUGUUGUGUGCUUGGACUUGUGAUGAUGGACAUAUUUGUAAACAUACUCAUGGUCAUACAGGAAAGCAUGAAUGUAUUUUUGGUCAUGUUGAGGACAAACCUAUUUUAAAAUGUGGAAAGAUUUGUGACUACAUGCUCUUAGGGACAUACCAACAAACAGACGAGAACAGGAGGCGUUCAGAGAUGAGAAAGCAAUAG